CCCGAUUAAACACUAUUCCAAUUUCGAAAAUAAAUACGGAGAAUCUACUAGCAACAUAGUAGUGAUUUGUGAGCACAUCAGUGAAAGAAGUGUGAAAGAAAUAAAGAACCAGAGAAGCGAACCAGAAUCGCAAAGAUGGGUGCACGUACGGAAAACAUUCCUCCAUUCAUCACCGCUCAACUCAGCCACCUCCUCUCUCAUUCCCGCCUCCCCCUCAAGGUUGAUCAAAUGUGGUCUAGCGACAAAUACAAUUUCGGACUCAUCGAUCGCUUCACGCUCGUCAUUCCGUAUUGCUUAGACUUCAUCAAAUGGGAUGUUAUAUACGAUGCUGAAUCUCCUACUACUCCACCUGAUGUCAUUUUCGGUCCGGAAGAUGAACAUUUUCAUCCCUUUCAUAUGGCAAACUCUCUUGAGCCUGAUGAUAACAUCAAUUCUUUGUUGUCCGAUUGGAAUUACAAAGACCCAACGCGUCUCUUGGCUCUUAUUCAAUUCUUGCGGGAUCAAUAUGUGCUGUAUCAAAUGAAGCGUGUCGGAGAAGUUAAUGAUGAUAGGUUGAAAUUUGAAGUCAGCACUAUUGUUUCCAGGGAGGGACUAGAAAUGCAUAUGAGUUGUUCUGCUACUGACAAGUUAGGGUUAGGGGAGGUUAAGUUUGCGGUGCCCCUACUGGACAUGAACAUAAACAAGAUGGUGUCUGGCUCUCCCUGGAGGCUAUUGCAGAAGAUAUACUUGCAAGUUGUAUAUCCUGUUGGGAGAAAACAUAUUUCUCCUCGCCUGAAGUUAGUAUCUUCUCCUGACUUGAAAGCCCUAUAUUCCAUCGAUGAUGUCAAGCUGCCUCAUUGGGUGGAUGGGAUGUGCUUGGCAGAAUAUCUUCCAAAUCUAGAAGAAUAUCUUGGGAAACAGGUCCUUGAGGCUGUUUCAUUAAUUGAUGUUAGAAGGCACUUCAUUGAAGCGUUGGCCGGUUGGUUAGGAAGGCCAGUUGAAGCCGAUCCUAUCUUUUGUAGAAAGGCAACUUUUCUGGCUGCUUCUGGAGUUUUUGCAUUUCUGGUACACAUCCUAAUUCCAUCUCAGUUUCCAAAGCAACAGCCAGCUAUUAUUCUUCAAAGUUCACAGCAUUUUAAUUCACAAAUGGCACCUAUGAAGUCGCGUUCUAUAUCUGAUUACCCAUGGAGUCCAAGAUGGGAACCAUCCCUGAUGGCUGAACGAACUAGUGACUUUCUGGCAGAGGAGGCCUUGAAUUUCAAGAGGCAAUGCAGCGAGGGUCAAGUUCAACUGUAACAUGGCUGCUGGCUAUAGUCUGUAAAUUUGGUCAUCACAAAAUUUCAUGUUGGUCUCUUCCCUUAAAUCCAACUGUUUUCUUGGGAGCUAAAUCAAUUUCCAUUGUGUAUUCAUGCAAUUCUCGGAAUUUUUGUAUCAUAUCGUGGCUGUUCUUUAACCAAAAAUAACCAUGUACAUAAAAGUAGGUGUUGUUGUAUUAUCAAAAAGAUAUUCAACUUUGCUAAGAGUUUGAGACCUCGUGGUAGGAACAUGUCAUGUUUGAGCUUUAUUGUAAAGAAUUGGUGAGUAGCGUUUCUUACUGA